UAUCCUUUUGCUAUAGUUGGUAUCAAUUUAACCGACCUACUGAGGAAGUGGCUGCGGGAUGGCCAACUUAAAUGCCAUUUCUACAAUUAUGUUAAGGCUGCUCCAACUAUGGAUGACUUUCACUUCGCCUAUGUAUGCCUAUUCAGUGAAUUCCAUGCCUUUUGGAUGUCAGAACCGCGAGAUAUAAUGCAGUUCAAUGCUUACCGACAGGAAUUCGAAGUUGCCCUAGAGUCAAGGGUACGAAGCAAGGACUUUGUUUUCAGGAUCGUUCCCUUGCAGGACCCUAAAUGA